AUGGGUAAAAUAUUGGUGGGUUUCAUACCCGUAGAAAUUGAAUUUGAAGGGCUGGAAAAAUUCCUUGGCAUUGCAUUUGAUCCCGGAUUUAUGCUUCUCUACGUUAUUGGACGCACUUCUCUGCUCUGUGUUGCUCUCACCGCCUUGCCCGGGCCCUGCUUGGGCUGUGACCAGGUGGCGGUGACGAACUUCAGGGAGAGCAGCGCCUUUGCCUCCCUUUGUCGACAGAGCUGUAAGAACCAAAUGCUUCUACGGGAACGACUCGUUAAUGGAGGUGUACCAUAUUGCCCUUAUACUGUAAACGUGACUCGUUUUCUCCACAGAAAGGGCUUGUCCCAGUCAGCCUUGCCCUACCGACGCAGUGUGCCUACGUGGCUGAAGCUUACUUCUGAUGAUGUAAAGGAACAGAUCUACAAGCUGGCUAAAAAAGGCCUGACUCCCUCACAAAUCGGUGUAAUCCUGAGGGAUUCCCAUGGUGUUGCCCAGGUUCGCUUUGUUACUGGGAACAAAAUUUUGAGAAUUCUUAAAUCGAAGGGACUGGCCCCAGACCUUCCAGAGGAUCUUUAUCACUUGAUCAAGAAAGCUGUUGCUGUUCGCAAGCAUCUUGAGAGAAACAGAAAGGAUAAAGAUGCCAAGUUCCGCCUGAUCCUGAUUGAAAGCAGAAUUCAUAGGUUGGCUCGCUACUACAAGACUAAGAGAGUACUGCCACCUAACUGGAAGUAUGAAUCAUCGACAGCUUCUGCCCUGGUCGCAUAAGAGCUGACUAUGACUUACUGAAAGAAUAAAUUUACAUUAAAUAAG